AUGCUGCUGCCGCUCGUGCUGUACCUGGUUCCAGCAGCCGUCAUAUAUAUUCUCGUUCGCAACUAUGCAUUACUCCCAGCAUCGAUUCCCGGUCCUCUGCUCGCACGCUUCACCAAUCUGCACCGACUAUUCUCCGUGUUCUGCUCCAGUCCUCACGAUGACCAAGUCCGGCUGCACGACCGACAUGGGCCCUUCGUUCGACUCGGUCCGAAUAUGGUGUCCGUCCGUGGUGCGCCGUACGCGUCCCAGAUCUACGGCAUCGGCAAAGGCUUCGUCAAGUCAGACUACUACAGCGUCUUCCAAAAUAUCGUGAAUGGGAAGCGAACAGCCUCGCUCGUGGCCAUGACCGAUGAGUCUGACCAUGCCCGAACAAAACGGGUGAUCGCCCACGCCUACUCGUUGUCCACGCUGGUCGAGUAUGAACCGCUCGUCGAUAGCACGAUCGCUGUCUUGCUCGAGAAUCUCUCCACCCGGUUUGCGAAGACGGGGACGAAGUGCGACUUCGGCCAGUAUCUGCAGUAUUUUGCCUUCGAUGUGAUUGGAGAGCUGACCUUUUCGAAGCGCUUGGGCUUCAUGGAACAGGACGAGGAUGUGGACGGCAUCAUUGCAGCAAUCGGCAGCAACUUUCGCUAUUUCAGCGUGCUGGGCCAGAUGCCGUGGGUGGACGGUCUGCUCGGCAAAAACCCGAUCUAUGUUCGGUACCUCCGUAAGCCGGUGUCGAGUCCGAUCUUAGCAUUCGCGCAGAAGCUGCUGCAAGAGCGUCUCCGCUCGUUAGACGACGACGCUGAGGACAAGAUUACCGAUUCAGAUCAUUCCAGAGCAGCCAAGCCAGACUUCCUCUCCCGUUUCCUGCAAGCCCGCAAAGACAGCGAGGAGCCAGACCUCACCACGGAUGCAAAGCUCCUGUCGUACCUGUUCAUGAACAUCAACGCUGGAUCAGACACCAUAGCAUCCACCCUGAAGGGCAUCUUCUACUACUUGCUUACCAGUCCGGCCGCGCUGGAGAAGCUGAUGGACGAGCUAUGCACCGCUCAGACGCAAGGAGAGUUGUCCACACCCUGUCCCACAUAUGCCGAAACACAGGCGCUGCCGUACCUGCAAGCAGUAAUCAAAGAAGGCUUACGGCUGAACCCAGCGCUAAGCCUUCCGCUUGAGAGGGUUGUGCCUAAAGGCGGCAUCACGCUCUCAGCCACGGACGAGAAGAUUUCUAGCUCAUCUACCAUGAGUCAAACCUCAGUCCACCUUCCCGCUGGCACAAUAGUCGGCAUAAAUCCCUACGUCCAGCACCGCGACCCUUCAAUCUUCUGCCCUCCUCUCGACGACAUCGCACCUGCUUCCAGCUCGGAGCAUCUCUACCCAAUACACGCCUUCCACCCCUCCCGCUGGCUCGAGCCCAACGAAAGAACAACGAAACGGAUGGAGCACGCCCUCCUCACCUUCGGCGCUGGCAAGCGCAGCUGUCUGGGCAAGAACAUUGCUAUGCUGGAAGUGUGUAAGGUCGUCGUGGCCGUGCUGCUGCGGUUUGAACUGGAGCUGGUCGAUCCAAAGGCGUGGCAGGUCGAGAACAAGUGGGUGCUGGACCAGAAGGGGUUGGUCGUGCGGAUGAAGGAGAGAAGUUGA